AUGGAAGCUAAUACAACUGGUUGGAGAAAAGCCAACACAAGCGAUAUAUCAAGUAUUAUUACGUCCUACAACGAGAAUGAUGUAAAACAAUGCAGUGGUGAAUAUUCAGUAAGAAUAGCACAUGCAUAUUUAGGACAUAUUCAACAACAGUGGUCUACUUACAUCCACCUUGAUUUUCCAUCAACAAUUAAAAUAAAAAAUAUUAUAUCAAGAUACAAGACAACAGACAAUCCAAAGAAACAUACUGUAUGGAUACGAUUUGGUCAUAAUAAACUUCACGAUAUUGCUUCUUAUUGUACUUGUAAAAGCAGUUUGCGUACUGCAGGUGGUACUUGUUCUCACGUAAUCGCAGCAUUAAUCGCUUUAAAUUAUUGGAAAAACAACAAAAAAAAAGCAAGUUUUUAUACAACAGCUGCAGCAUUAUUUUUGAACGUUUUGGAUUGUACCACAUACAAGAAAAGCAAAAUGGAGCAAGCAUUAGAAGAAUAUUACGGAGAGAGUAGUGAUACUGAAAGCUAA